UUUAGCCUGUAGCGCGGUGGUUAAGGAAGAUUAGCUCUCGUGUGCUUAUGCGCACCAAACGCUAAUUUUUGUUAUGAAUAAUGUUUAUUAUCUAAUGCAGGAUCAACAUUUGCAGCCCGAACGGCUCAAACCUGAAUUCCAACGUCCUGCUGCGUCAUGAUUGCUCAAGCUCAGUAAGAUGUCCGGUUGCCACGGCUACAGCGGCAGCAUAACCGGUCUGCUGGGUGCGCUCUGCGACUGCAGCCUCUCCGGUAUAUCAUGGAAACGCCGCGCUCUGGGUGCAGCGUCGCGGGAGUCUGCGCGCCGGACCCUGCGCAAGCGGGUAUAUGGCGCGCUCCUCGCUGGACUUUUCCAGGACGGGUCACCCAAACCGCCACUGAACGCCCUGGCCAACACACCCGCCCAUAAUAAAAUACUGAUGAUCUCGUUCGACCUCCGCGUGUCCGGCUGCAACGAGGAGGCGGAGAGGUUGGAGGAGCUCCUGGGUCAGCUACGGGACGGAGCGGACGCUUCCGGGCUGUCCGAGCUCGAUUCCAUCAUGGAGCUCCUGGUGCAGCUGGCCGGGUCUGUGGCUCCGCCCCCUCAGUCUUUUAGUCACAACUACAUGCGGCGCGAGCGUCCCGUGCAACGCAGACCCCCACUGGGUGGGUACCUGAGCCGGGACAUGCAGCGGCUGGAGGAGAGGGCUUGGUCUUUGAUCUGCGGGGAGGAAUGGGGUGUUUUCGGGGACGUCUGUAGAACGCUGAGCAUCAUGGACGCUCCGCCGGGCACCGGGCUGCUCGGACUGGGACGCAGACCGGAUACCGAAGAGAGGUUUGAAAGAGAGACCCGACUGUCGCUGUUUGGUGCCCUACAGCACUCCAGAACAGCUGAUAUGGACGUCCGACUGGACCUGCCGCCCGUUCCAAGCAACGCAGACAUUACUGGACUCGGCAUACGGGUUCCUCAGUUUCUGGAUCAGUCCGAUGAUGAAGGCUUCCAGUCUUCCUCUAAUCUGACUCCAGAUUCCCAAUCUGAGACAAGUCCCAGUCCUGAGAUCGAUGUGUGGGAGGCCCUGCGGACGUUUGUGCCCGGCAGACGGCGCUGUUGGGAGAACAUUGGCUGCCCGCCGGGUCAGAAGGAGCCCCCUUACCUUACAGAGGCUGGCAGAGAGGCGUUUGAUCAGCUGUACCGACUGUGGGAGGGAGAAAUGAGGAACGUUCUGUCCACUCAGACACCAUCUCCGCUCCUGCCGCUGCCGCUCGACUGCCAGAGUCAGCUGGUCAAAGACGUGCUCAAUGUGCUGAUCGGGGUCUCCUCUGCCACCUUUCCACUCAAUGAGGCUAGUGUGCAGUUCAAUGUUCGCCCGGAUAUAUGCGUGUCCGGGACGUCCCCUGAGAGUGUGUCUCGACUGCUGGGUGAGCUGGCGCAGUACGGCACGCAUUACCUGCGUCUCAGCCGAUUCUCUCUGAGCAGUGCCAGUCAGAAAGGACUUGUCUUUCAGGCCUUUACAGGUGGCCUGCGGCGUUACCUGCAUUAUUACAGAGCUUGUGUUCUGAGCACGCCGGCCUCUCUCAGUCUCCUAACUAUCGCUUGUCAUUUCCGCAAACUGGGGCGUCAGCUCAGGUAUCUGUCAGAGCUGUGUUGUGUGGAUGGAAUCGGAGGAGUGGGACGAGCAACAUUCCCUGCGGGUGUAAAGCUGCUGUCCUAUCUGUAUAAUGAAGCUCAGAGCAACUGUAGUAAUGAGAAUCAUCCUGUGCUGUUGUCUCUGCUGAAGAGCAGCUGUGAGCCGUACACACGGUUUGUUUCAGACUGGGUGUACAGUGGCGUUUUCCGUGAUGUAUAUAAAGAGUUUAUGAUAGAGGUCAAUGAGGAUUAUCUUACCUACAGAGAUAAGAACUUUUGGAUGCAGGGCUACACUCUGAUUUCUCGGGAUGUGGAGGACUGCGUGCCUGUGUUCCUUAAACACAUUGCCAAUGAUGUCUACGUCUGCGGGAAAACAAUCAACCUGCUAAAAAUCUGCUGCCCACAGCACUACAUUUUUUGGUCGGAUGUCCCAGUCCCCAGGAUUGCCGUGACGUUUUCCCUGCAGGAGGUGGAGGAGAUUGAGAGAGACUGUGCUGUGUAUCGAGGACGCAUGGAGACGAUCGCGAGGCACAGCGCCAUCAGCAGGGAGGAGCAGACCAUGCGGACUGAACAGGCCCGACAGGAGCUCAUUAACCAGGUCAAAGUGUCAGCGGCCAAGACCCUGGAGAGAAUCAGAGGUCGCCAGGUGUCACAGCGUCUGGCCGAGGAGGCCCAGAAGAGAGAGCGAUUUGAAGAGCUGAAACAGCAGCUGGAGCUCGACCAGGAGUGGCGUAGCGCUGCAAGACGGAAGGAGCAGGAAGAUGAUUUCAGCUACGCUCGAGAGCUCAGAGACCGAGAGCAGAGGCUGCAGGCCCUCGAGGAGCAGCUGGAGCGCCGGGCACGGAUGGAUCUGAUCGCUCAGUACAGUCAGCUGUCUGAAGACGCUGCCAGACGAGAGCUCAGAGCCAUGUGGAAGGUGCAGAGAAUGAAACUCGAUGAACGCAGAGUGAAAUUCCUGCAGCAAGAACAAAUGAGUGUAGAGGCUAUGCUGGAAAAGUUUCCUUUAGGUCAGGAGGGCCUCCCCGUACAGCUACACAAUCAGCUCGCUGACCAGCAGAAUCCGCAAAUAGCAGAUCCUCCUCUCCCAGAAUCCUCCAUUCCUCUUUAUCCCCCUGCUAUUGGUGGAGCCCAAGCUCUCAUAAUGAAGGGAAGCAAUGUUGCUGACUUCUUUCAAAAGCCUCAAUGCAUCCCCGAUAGUGGUGCCGUGACCCAGGCCCUCCAUGACAUUGGAUCUGACCUCCUACAAUCCCUUCAGAAACCCCACCCUCAUCAGCCCCAUCCAUCAGCCUCCAUGUGUGUUGGUGAAAAUGUUUCGGAAUUCCUAGAGUCUAUCCCUGUACCUAAUAUACACGGACACGUGUCCAAAUCCAGCUUCCCACUGGGUCAGUUCACUCCAGAGGUGCCAGCAGGUUACCCAAAGGCUAGUGUUCAUGGACACCCUUCACAGGGCUCCGUGCAGCUGGAAGACUCCACAGCCUCGGGGCAAAACAAGGGCCCAAUCCGCUCCGAGUCAAACACCCCUGCACAAACCACUCAAGAGCGAACAUGUGAGGCAGAUGGAGAUAGCCAGUGUACAGAAAAACAACUGACUGGAAAAGAGACAGCAACAGAGCCCUCGGCGGCCAGCACAGGUUCAGAGCCAAAGCAAGCCGCCCAGGAUCCAACAGAGGAAGCCAAGUCCUAUGAGAGUGUCAGCCAGCCCUCUCACUGUUCUCAGCCAAAGCAAGAACAAUCUGUGUCUCUUCUCGGAGGCAUCCAUGAGUCAGAGUCUGAAUCUGAAACAAGAAAAAACAGCCAUGAUCCUGAUCCAGCACUGAUCUCAUCUUUGCCCUCUUCUGAUGUCUGUGGCCAUGCAUCUGAUUCCCAUAUAAGGAUUGGUGAACAUGUUUCCGAGGUGAUCGCUCCCCUUCCCACCCCUAACAUCCAUGGCCACGCCUCUGAUGCCCAUAUAAAGGUCGGUGAACUUGUUUCUGAGGUGAUCGCUCCCCUUCCCACCCCUAACAUCCAUGGCCACGCCUCUGACGCCCAUAUAAGGGUCGGUGAACUUGUUUCCGAGGUGGCCACUCCUCUCCCCACCCCUAACAUCCAUGGCCACGCCUCUGACGCCCAUAUAAGGGUCGGUGAACUUGUUUCUGAGGUGGCCACUCCUCUCCCCACCCCUAACGUCCAUGGCCACGCCUCUGAUGCCCAUAUAAGGGUUGGCGAACAUGUUUCUGAGGUGACCGUUUCCAUCCCCACAGCCAAUAUUCAUGGCCAUGCCUCUGACGCCCAUAUAAAGGUGGGUGAGUUUGUGUCGGACAUCGUCUCCUCUCGCCCACGUUGGAGCAAAUAUGGUCACUUCUCUGACAGCACCCUUAAAGCGGGUUGCGUGAUGCCAGAUGGCACCCCAUCACUCGCCCCUCUACCUGGCAGUGCUUUCGGUCAUGCGUCUGACUCCACGCUAACAGUGGGGUGUGUUGUAUCAGGCGUUGAACCUCAACCCUCUCCGAUACCCGGCAGUGCCUAUGGACAUUCCUCACAGUCCACCUUGGGUAUCGGGUGUGUGGUUAGUGGGACUGAAGCCGCUCGACCCAGCUCACUUCACAGCAGUGUCCACGGCCAUUCGUCAGACUCCGCUCUGGGCAUGGGCUGUGUGGUUGGCGGGGUGGUGCCGGGGAGUUUGUACAAACACAGACCUCCAAACAAAUCUGAGCAAACCUCAGAAGAUGCAGAGAAACCAGCCGACACAGACAUCCAGGCGCCCCCUAGUGAGGUGUUCUCCCUGGAUGAGGGACUGACCGCCUGGGCUUUAGGACUGGGAUUGUCUCCUAAAGAAAGUCCAGAGGAUCGCUAUCUUCUCAGACUGGCCUCACAGUACCAGGUGGAGCAGUACCAGGACUCGUACGGUCUGAUAACUGCGGCUCCUGAAUCUGAGCUGCUGCUGCAGGUGACUCGGGCUCCGAACGGCCUUCCUGCCGAGCCGUCUCUGCACCGGGCCACCGACGCCACCGCUGUUCAGCUCAGCGAGAUGAUGCCACUUCCUGUUCUCAUGAAACACUCCGUUACAACACCACUCAUUACACAUGUGUCUAUAGUAAAUAAGGCCGUGGUGGAUUAUUUCUUCGUGGAGCUAGGAGUGGAGAAGCACUUUGAGACUCUCAGGCAUUUCCUGUUAAUGGAGGAUGGAGAGUUUGCCCUCUCUCUCAGCGAUCAGCUCUUCGAGAAGCUGGGCAGCGGUCAGACGCCCGGUGAGCUGCUGACCCCGCUGGUGCUGAACUCCAUUCUCAAUAAGGCCUUACAGUACAGCAUUCACGGCGACAGCGAGCUGGCGGCCCACUUCACGUUUGCGCUCCGAUACCUACCUGAGAUCUUCCAUCCUCACGCUCCAGACUCGCUGAACUGUCUCGAGCUCCGCUACAAGGUGGACUGGCCGGUGAAUAUCGUCAUCACGGACAGCUGCCUGAACAAAUACAACAGACUCUUCUCCUUCCUGCUGCAGCUCAAACACAUGGUGUGGUCCCUACGAGACGUCUGGUUUCACCUCAAGAGGACGGCUCUGGUGAAAGGUGCUGGUCGCUCAGCUCAGUUCCAUCAGCUACAGCUCUACAGACACGAGAUGCAGCACUUUGUGAAGGUGAUCCAGGGCUACAUCGCCAACCAGAUCCUUCAGGUGUCCUGGAGUGAGUUCACACACAAACUGAGCAGCGCCAAUGACCUGGACGCCAUUCACCGCACGCACGCCGAGUAUCUCAACAGAGCCAUCUUCAGGGGUUUGCUGACAGAGAAAGCUGCCCCCGUCAUGAACAUCAUCCACAGCAUCUUCAGCCUGAUCCUGAAGUUCUGCGGGCAGCUGAUAGCACAGCCCUGGGAGCUCCAGCAGGGGGAGCCGGUGCACCCCAGUUUCAUCGCCAUGCAGCAGUCCUACAACACCUUCAAGUAUUACUCCCGCUUCCUGUUUAAAGUGGUGACCAAACUAGUGGACAAAGGCUAUCAGCCCCAUCUGGAGGACUUCCUGUUGAGGAUCAACCUCAAUAACUACUACAAAGACUCUUGAUUUGUUGUGUGUGAAUCUGAGAACCCUCCGGAUCUCGUGCUUCAGUAUUCCUGUCAGUACGUAUAGAACCACAAUGGCCUGUAGAACUCAACAUUUUGCUCCGUACUGAUACCGUUCAUCAUUUCCUGUUGUGACGUGCACUCUGCUCUUCUCCACAGAGGCUAAACCAAGUUGUGAGACUGGAAUCUUGACAUUAAAGUUAAAAAGCUUUAUCGA